CAAAACUGUGUAAAACAGCAGAAAAACAGUUUCAUCUUGCAUUUGAAUCUAUUGGCUGAAAAUACAACACGUGAUGUCAUUGCUCAUGGCUCCUCCUCUUCCUCUGAUGUUUCUGCUCAUGAUUCCAGGAGUUUAUGGCCGUAGUUUGGGUGUGAGUUACAGACAUUCACACAUCUGUGCACUAAAGGACUCAUCAGUGAUAAUGAGCUGCAAUUAUACAUACCCUACUGGACAUCAGAUCAUGAAAGUGUUCUGGACCAAAAACCCUGUAAAAGUUGGUGAAGAGUAUCCAGAUCUGUCUGAGGACCCAGAAUACAGUCAGAGGCUUCAGUAUCUGGGAGAUAAACAGAAGAACUGCAACAUCAGACUGAGUCAUGUGACACAGAAGGAUGAAAAUGAGUACUGUUUCAGAUUCAUCACUGAUAAACCUGGUGAGAAAUGGAUUGGUCAUCCAGGAGUGUAUCUUACUGUCACAGAUCUUCAGGUGGAGUCUCCUGAGAGAGUGACAGAGGGAGAUUCAGUCCGUCUGACAUGUAAAAGCAGCUGCGCUCUGACUGACAGAGCAACAUUCAUCUGGUACAGAAACUCACAUCCAUUAACUGAGAGAAGAGACAGAAACAAUCAACUCCUGCUGCAGUCAGUCAGAAGAGAGGAUGCAGGCAGAUACAGCUGUGCUCUACAGGAACACACUUACAUCUCUCCUGCUGUUUAUCUCAGUGUCACGUAUCCUCCAAAGAGUAUCUCAGUGUCCAUCAGUCCAUCUGGUGUAAUAGUGGAGGGAGAUUCAGUGACUCUGAGCUGCAGCAGUGAUUCAAACCCACCUGCAGAAAUCAUCUGGUUUAAAGAAGGAACGUUUGUAGGAUCUGGAAGAAACUACAGCAUCUCAAACAUCAGCUCUGAUCACAAUGAAGGAUACAAGUGCAAGUCCAGAAAUAAACAUGGAGAGAAAUACUCUGAUGCUGUGACUUUAAAUGUUAUGUAUCCUCCCAGGAAUGUCUUGGUGUCCAUCAGUUCAGUGGAAGGUGAUUCAGUGACUCUGAGCUGCAGCAGUGAUUCAAACCCACCUGCAGAAAUCAGCUGGUUUAAAGGAGGAAGGUUUGUAGGAUCUGGAAGAAUCUACAGCAUCUCAAACAUCAGCUCUAAUCACAGUGAAGAAUUCAAGUGCAAGUCCAGUAACAAACACGGAGAUAAAUACUCUGAUGCUGUGACUUUAAAUGUCAUGUAUCCUCCCAGGAGUGUCUCAGUGUCCAACAGUUCAUCUGGUGAAAUAGUGGAGGGAGAUUCAGUGACUCUGAUCUGCAGCAGUGAUUCAAACCCACCUGCAGAAAUCAGCUGGUUUAAAGGAGGAACAUUUGUAGGAUCUGGAAGCAUCUACAGGAUCUCAAACAUCAGCUCUGAUCACAGUGGAGAAUACAAGUGCAAGUCCAGUAACAAACACGGAGAGAAAGACUCUGAUGCUGUGACUUUAAACAUCAUGUAUCCACCCAGGAAUGUCUCAGUGUUCAUAAAUGGAUCUGGUGAAAUAGUGGAAGGAGAUUCAGUGACUCUGAUCUGCAGCAGUGAUUCAAACCCACCUGCAGAAAUCAGCUGGUUUAAGGAGAAUCAAAGCUCCUCUGUUGGAUCUGGACAGAGUUUCAGAGCACUACAGAGUGGACGCUUCUACUGUGAGGCUCACAAUCAACACGGAUCUCAGAGAUCAGACGCUGUUACUGUCACAGUUCAUCAUGGUACUGGUAGGAAUGUGAUUGUGAUCGCAGCAACAUCUGGAGGAUUAUCCAUCAUCAUCAUCAUCAUCAUCAUCAUACUAUUUAUAAUGAAAAAGAUAAAGAAAAGAUCUGCAGUGCACGAGCAUGAGAAUGAUGAUCCCAGUGCUGGCACAUAUAUGGCUCUUGACCUCCAGUCCAGAUCUUCUGACGUGUACAACACACUCACAGUAAGUAAAAUAUCAAAAUGUGCACAACAGUUAAUCUAUUAAAUAAUCAAUGUGUCUUUUACAGUCUGUCCA